AUGGAUGCCUUUAUUACUCGGAAGCGCAAGAAGACUGACGAGCUUGAAGACGCUCUUGAAAGCACGAAAGAUGAACCAACUGACGUGAAACUUGCCAUACUUUCGUCACUUCAUCCCAGCAUCGAGCAAGAGAUAUUACUCGACAUACUCCUUGCCCAUGAUGGGUCAGUCGCAGAAGCGUCUGCGAUUCUCAAGUCCCAGAGACCACUCAAGAAGCUGAAUAGCGCUCUUGCCUAUCAACCUUCUCUUAGGCACUUUGCUUUGCCGAAGAGUGACGAUGGACAAGCCCUUCCUGCUAGGAAGAGGUUGAUAUCAAAGAAAGGGGCUACGAUGCAUCUCUAUGACCCUGUCGAUGUCGCAGAACACACGCCUUGCACCAUCAUUCACAAUUUCCUGCCAGCCGAAGAAGCGAAUGCGCUAUUGGAAGAACUGUUGGCCGAGUCAGAAUCGUUUGAGAAGAUUACGUUCAAGCUCUUUGAAAAUGUGGUCUCGAGCCCGCAUACUUCCGGCUUCUUCGUCGAAAGCUACGACGAGAUGCGGGAGCAAAAGACCGCUUACCUUUAUAACGGCGCUAGACUUACAGACGUCCGUCGACUUACGCCUCAUCUGCUAAAGGUGAAACCUAUCGUCCAGGAAGCGGUGAACCAAGAAAUCGAGACGAGGAUACGCACGCGAUACCCAAAUGGCCAAAAGUUGAAGUACCAAUCUGCGAAACCCUGGGUUCCGAAUGCAGCUUUUGUCAACUGCUACAAUGGCCCGAAGGAGAGCGUUGGCUGGCACAGCGACCAGCUCACUUACCUUGGACCUCGUGCAGUCAUCGGCUCCAUCUCUCUGGGCGUGUCCCGAGAAUUCAGAGUGCGGCGUAUCCUGCCAAGGGACUCGGAUAAAGACGCGGCCGAUAACCCGGAUGCUGAGGGCCAGAUCUCCAUCCACCUUCCGCACAAUUCACUGCUUGUUAUGCAUGCCGAGAUGCAGGAGGAGUGGAAACAUUCUGUGGCACCUGCGCUCUCAGUUGAACCGCACCCAAUUGCUGGGAACAAGCGAAUAAACAUCACAUACCGGUAUUAUCGGGAUACCAUGCAUCCAAAUUUUACACCCAGGUGCAAGUGCAAUAUACCUUGCGUGCUUAGGGUAGUGCAAAAGAAGAAGGAAAACUACGGCAAAUACUUCUGGAUGUGUCACGGAGGAAACGUCCCGGGCAAAGAGUCAUGCACGUUUUUCGAGUGGGCGCGGUUCGAUGACGAUGGAAACCCUACCCGUGCGAAACCUGUAUCUUCAUCAACAUCAAAGACUGCCACAGCCACUGCGAUCGGAUGA